AUGACACUCACAAUCAUACCGGCUUUCUUUUACCUCCUCCUGUGUGGCUCUUGGGGCAGCUCCUGCCCCCCAAGCUGCCAGUGCACAGAGCAGGCAGGGGCGAAGGCAGUCCUCUGCAGCUCCCGGCACUUGGAGGAGAUCCCCAAGGACAUCCCCAAAGACGCUGUGUUCCUCAAGCUGGAUGCCAACAGCAUCACCAGAAUCCCAAGCAAUGCUUUUAGGCACCUAUCCCACCUGGAGGAGCUCGACCUCUCCAGGAAUGCCAUUGAGAAGAUUGACAGGGCAGCUUUCAAAGGGGUGGCUGCUGGGCUGCGUACCCUCGACCUUUCCAGCAAUCGCAUCCGCAGCAUCCCCAAAGAGGCUUUGCUGAUGCUCAAUGCCAAGCUCCGGCUGGCCAACAACCCCUGGCACUGCGAAUGCACCUUGCAGGAGGUCCUGUGGGAGGCACGGCUGGACCCUGACUCAGUCCAGGACAUCACCUGCCACACAGCCCCACGGGAAGAGUAUGUGGGGAAGCCAUUGCUCCAGGUUUUGGAUGCUGGUGUCAACUUCUGUAGCGUGCGCCAGAGGACCACGGAUGUGGCCAUGUUCAUCACCAUGUUUGGCUGGUUUGCCAUGGUCAUCACCUAUGUGGUCUGCUAUGUCCGGCACAAUCAAGAGGACACCCGCAAGCAUGUGGAGUAUCUGAAAUCAUUGCCAAGCACCCAGGACCCUGCAGAGACCAUCAGCACUGUCCUGUAA